GGGGGCUUCGGCCAAAUGACGCGCCUGCUCAAACCGCGCGUAUACAGUUGCGGGACAGUGCAAAGUAGAAUGAAGGCAACGCCGUCGCUGAGCAAUUAGUGCGCGCGCGCGCAGGCAUUCAUUACCUCGUCAACCACCCGCUUCGUCAGCCAUGGCCUCAGGUCAGGGAGGCUCGCUGCCUCCCGGAGGCGGUGGGCAGGGGUUCGCGGGCCCGGGGGCGUUGGGGGUACUCGGGGGUCCGAGCGGUGUCGGGGUAGUCGGAGGGGGAACCGGAAUCGGUGCUGGGAUGGGGGGCGCCGGUGUCUCCGCCGGUGUCUCCGCGGGGGUGCCCGGGCCACGCGAGGUGAAUAUGGCCUCGCUGUGCCGCAUCGGGCAGGAGACGGUGCAGGACAUCGUGACGAGGACCACGGAGAUCUUCCAGAUACUGCGCUACAUGCAGCUCCCCAACGGCGGUUCGUACUUGCCGAGCACGCACGCCGACCGGCUGAGCAAGCUGCAGGAGCAUCUGCGCCAGCUGACGGUGCUCUUCCGCAAGCUGCGUCUCAUCUACGAUAAGUGCAACGAGACUUGCUCCCUCCUGCAGCCCGAGCACAUUCCGUUUAUAGAAGAGGAGUCGCCACGGACAGAAGAGUGGAGCCAGAACUCGGCGGCCCUUCGCUUCGCUAAUGAGGAGCGGCGUGACAUCUCAGAGAAACUGAGACAGAAGAACCAACAGCUGAAGGUGAUCAUGGACCAGCUGAGGAACCUGAUCUGGGACAUCAACACCAUGAUGUCUUCCCACAGCUGAAUACAUCACCACAUCCUUGAUGAAGGCAUAUUAGUGUUACAAUGUCCCCCCUUCCAUUGUUGAAGAAAUCUCUGGUGCCAUUUCUUGAUGUUGUGUCAGAUAAGACAAGGGUGCUGCAUCAAAAUGUAUUAUGAACUCUUUUUGUAAGUAAACAUACAUGAGUCUGUUUCAUGAACACUGCUUAACUGGAAAAAAAACAGUAAUCCAAGAAACUUGUAGUCUGACAGACAUAAAUGCAUUUCUUUUGUAUUCUUAUUCAGGAAAAGCGUUCCGUAUCUAAUGGUACAUGAGUCAUAUAUCAGAUAACAUCAAGUGUAUCUGAUGCAAUGGUUUCUAUAUCAGAUGAGAUGAUAGUUCUGUAUUGAUCAAUCAAGGUUAUGUAUUAGAUAACAUGGUUUCUCUUGCCUCAGGUUUCUGUAUCUGAUGGAAUAAGAGUUUUUGUAUCGGACCAGGGUUCAAUAUCGUAUGGAUUAGAAAGGUUUUGUAUCAUGAGGAUGCUGUAUUCAAUGAAACGAUGGUUCUGUUUCGGAUGGGUCACUGAAGCAUGUGUGAUGCACCAUUAAUUUCAGACAUUUUUAGUUAAUGUAUUCCCUGCUGCAGAUAAAUCUUUUUUAUUGGUUUUUACUUUUUCGUUAUUUCCAAAUCCACUCUUAUUUCUUAAAGCUGUGCAUGAUGAGGCUGCAGCAAGCAAACAUUUGACUGCAUUUUUGAAAAAAAUGUUACACAUCUGAGGAACAUUUAAAAAAAAACUUCAGUUGCACAUUUGGUGUCAAUAAAACAUUUCUGAAUGUUUU